UUUCGCGCUACAUCAGCAGGUUUUUCUAAUUAGCUUGUCAGUACAUUUUUAUGCUUGUCUGCUUUAGUGACCCUCAGAUGACUUGCCAAUCCCCCUAAGGGUUUCCAUGACUUCUGACCCCUACCCAAGGUUCUGAUAACAUCCCGCCUCCAUCUCAGGCCUGACUCUUUAUAAACACUCCGAGCUGGAGCUUUGAUUAGUCGCACAUGUUUAUACACACCUCUAUAUAAAGCAUAACCAUUUACACAUAUUUACACACACCUACACGCAUUUACAUACAUCUUAGACACAUUUUGGUACACUAACAUCAUCUGAGACUUUACACUGACAACCACAUCACACAUAUAUACCCACACAUUCACACACACUCACUCACUAUGGACAUCAAGUCAGUCGUUUCCCCGGCGACUCUACUACUCUGCUGCUUUGUUGCUAUUCUAAUCCUGGUUUUGGGAAAACGUAUGCUACGAUGGCGCCGGUCCUCCAGAAACGAGCGGACAGUGCCCAGUCUGCCCAGAUUACCAGUGCUGGGCAGUCUGCUGCACCUGCGGUCCCCACUGCCCUCAUACCUGCUCUUCACACAAAUGGCUGGCAGCUACGGGCCACUCUUCAGCUUGUAUGUGGGGCCGCACUACACGCUGGUGGUCAGUGAGGUGGGACUGGCCAGAGAGGUGCUGUUGCACCGGGGCAGGGACUUCGCUGGACGGCCCAAAAUGGUUACCACAGCACUGUUGACGAGAGGAGGGAAAGACAUUGCCUUUGCAGAUUACAGCACACUGUGGAAGUGUCAUCGCAGAUUAGUCCACUCCUCAUUCGCUCUGUUUGGAGAGGGUUCCAGCAAGCUGCAGACCAUCGUGUUAGACGCAGCAGAAAAUUUGUGUUCGGACCUUCAGGCCUGUAAGGGGCAGCGGGUGGAUUUAUGUCCUGUCUUGAUGCGGGCUGUCACCAAUGUAGUAUGCAGGCUGGUUUUCAAUUCGUCAUACCGCUCUCAUGACCCCGAGCUCCAACAAGUCAUGGACUAUAAUGAUGGCAUUGUCCAGACCAUCGCACAGGGGAGCCUGGUGGAUGUUUUUCCCUGGCUAGAGAUCUUCCCUAACAAGGACCUGGCGAAGCUGAGGGAAUGUAUAUCUAUCCGGGACAAACUGCUAAGUAAGAAACUAGAAGAGCACAAGUUGACCCUUACAUCUGGAGAACCACGUGACCUCCUGGAUGCUCUCCUGAUUGGUCAGAGUGCGUCUGUUGGGGAGGGUGACAUCACAGACGAUCAUGUUUUGAUGACAGCAGCUGAAGCUUUUGGAGCUGGAGUAGAGACUACAUCCACCACUCUACUGUGGGCUAUAGCAUUUCUACUGCACAACCCACAGGUGCAGGAACGUCUUCAUGCUGAGCUGGAUGAGAAUGUAGGAAGGGACCGCCCUCCUUCUUUGAGCGACAGGUCCAAUCUGCCAUUCCUGGAGAGCGUUUUGUAUGAGGUCAUGAGGAUCCGCCCUGUCAGUCCUAUCCUUAUCCCCCAUGUCGCUAUGCAGGACACCAGUUUGGGAGGCCAUGCUGUCGCAAAAGGAACGAGAGUUUUGGUGAACAUGUGGGCGAUCCACCAUGACCCCAAACACUGGGACGAGCCUGAUCAUUUCAGACCAGACAGGUUCCUUGAUGCCACAGGUAAGAAGAUAACCCCACCCAGUUUCCUGCCUUUCGGGGCUGGUCCCAGGAUUUGCGUUGGCGAAUCGCUGGCCCGCAUGGAGCUCUUCCUGUUUGUCAGCUUUCUCCUGCAGAGGUUUCAUUUCAGUGUCCCCUCAGGGGCUUCUCUGCCUGAUCUGCAGGGACGCUAUGGGGUGGUGCUACAGCCCCUACGCUACAGUGUCACAGUCACACCACGGCACUGA